AUGGGCGUCGACACGAGUAUCGAGGAGAAGGCCGGUGAUGUGGCGUUAUCGUCCAAUGCCACUCCGACUCCCGAUGAGCCCCAGUUAGAGACUGGCUGGAGUGCUUACAAGCGAAUCCUCACGCACGCAGGUCCCCUCGAGUAUACGUUGCAGGGCAUCGCCCUCUUUGCGGCCAUCGCGUCCGGCGCCGGAAUCGCUCUCCAAAACCUCAUCUUUGGCAAGUUCAUCACCGUCAUCGCCAACUUUACUUCCAGCGUGUCGUCUCCCGCCAAAUUCCGUAGUGAUGUAUCCGAGCUGGCGCUCUACUUUGUGUACUUGGGAAUUGGCAGGUUCUUUCUCUCCUACAUCUACAAUACCCUCUUGACCUACUCCGCGUACCGCGUUGUGCGCAAUAUCCGCCAUGAAUAUCUUCGCGCCGCUCUCCGCCAGGAGGUGGCAUAUUUCGACUUCGGGACCGGAGGUUCUAUUGCCACUCAGGCCACAUCAAACGGCCGUUUGAUCCAAGCUGGCAUUGCUGAAAAGCUCGGACUCACGUUCCAGGGUAUCGCUGCCUUUGUGACAGCUUUUAUCAUUGCCUUUGUUGUCCAGUGGAAGCUCACCCUCAUCUGCCUAUGCAUUGCUCCGGCUACCAUGGUUGUGAUAGGCGUCGUGGCUGGAAUCGAAGCCGGCCACGAGACCAAGAUUCUCGAGAUCCAUGCCCAGGCCAACUCGUUUGCUGAAGGCAUCAUAGCCAGUGUGCGCACAAUCCACGCCUUUGAGAUGCGCGCUAGGCUUGUCGACAGGUUUGACAAGUACCUUAUUGAGGCCCAUGCAGUCGGGGAAAAGAUAUCUCCCCUUUUCGGCAUCAUGUUCUCCGCCGAGUAUACCAUCAUCUACCUUGGCUUCGGACUUGCUUUCUGGCAGGGCAUUAAGAUGCUCUCCACAGGAGAGAUCGAAGAACCUGGUACCAUCUUCACAGUUUUGAUGUCAGUUGUCAUUGCCGCCAUUAGCUUAACCACCUUGGCUCCGUACUCGGUUGACUUCAGCCGCGCCAUCACCGCUGCAGGCAAGCUCUUCCAACUCAUAGACCGGAAAUCCGCUAUCGACCCUCUGGACAAAUCCGGAGAAAUUCCAGCUGAGACUGUUGGCGAGGUUGAGCUAGAGAAUGUCAGCUUCGCCUAUCCCACUCGACCUGGAAUCACAGUUCUCGACGACUUCUCUCUGCGUGUCCCUGCGGGCAAAGUCACGGCCCUUGUGGGUCAAAGUGGUUCGGGUAAGAGUACUAUUGUUGGUUUGAUUGAAAGGUGGUAUAACCCCAAGUCCGGAUCCAUCAAGUUGGAUGGCCGUCCCAUUGACAAGUUGAACCUCAACUGGCUCCGGAAAAACGUCCGCCUUGUUCAACAGGAACCGGUGCUCUUUGAAGGAAGCGUGUUCGACAACAUUCGACAUGGUUUGGUCGGGACAGAAUUGGAAAAGGCACCACUAGAACAACAAAUGGAGCGAAUCAAGGAUGCAGCCAAAAUGGCAUUCGCGCACGACUUCAUCACCGAGCUCCCCGAAGGUUAUGACACUCAAAUUGGCCAGCGUGGUGGAUUGCUCUCGGGCGGUCAGAAGCAGCGUGUCGCCAUCGCUCGCAGCGUUGUUUCUCAUCCCAAGGUACUUCUUCUCGAUGAGGCAACCAGCGCUCUUGAUCCACACGCAGAGAGUGUCGUCCAGCAAGCUCUCGACAAGGCAUCCGAGGGCCGAACUACCAUUGUCAUCGCGCACAAGCUCGCCACGAUCCGGAAAGCAGACAACAUUGUCGUCAUGUCCAAGGGGCGAAUCAUCGAACAAGGCACUCACGAGUCUCUCCUCGAAGAUGAUGGCGCCUACGCUCGACUUGUGAAAAUCCAGAAUUUGACCGUCUCUUCCGAGUCUUCUAUUUCCGAAACCGAGGUAGACGAUGCUGCCACUGAGACGGACCUGGACGUCACCAAGACCAUCACUCGCUACGAAACUGAGGUCCAGCACCGUAUGGAGGUCCAGAAAGAACGCGACAACUACGAUAAUCAUAAGCAGGUUGGUUUCCUCUCAGUCGUGUUCCGACUCCUCCGCGAGUCUCCUGAACUGGGCUGGUCGUACUUCUUUGUGCUCGUGGGAUGCCUCGGAGCAACUGGCUUGUUCCCCGGUCAAGCCAUUUUGCUCGCCAAAGUUAUGGACGUCUUCAAUCUGGCUGGCAAGGAGAUGAGAGACAAGGGAAACUUCUUUGCCAGCAUGUUCAUCGUCAUGGCUGCUGGAGCCCUGGUCUCCUACUUCUUCUUAGGCUAUGCCUCCAAUACUGUCGCCCAGCACCUCAACCACAAGUACCGAAAGCAAUGUCUUCGAGAUAUGGUCCGGCAGGAUCUCCAAUUUUUUGACCGGACUGAAAACAACACGGGCGCCUUGGCCAGCCGUAUUGAUUCUAACCCCCAGUCGAUCUUGGAACUGAUGGGGUUCAACAUCGCACUGAUUCUUAUUGCUGUACUAAACGUGACGGCUUGCAGUAUCAUGGCGAUCGCCCAUAGUUGGAACCUUGGCCUGGUUGUUGUAUGCGCUGGUCUCCCCCCGCUGGUCGGCUCUGGAUACCUCAAGAUUCGCUUUGAUGCCAAGCUUGAUCGAAACACCUCAAAGCGGUACUCGGCUAGCGCUUCUAUUGCAUCCGAGGCUGUGAACGCCAUCCGGACCGUCUCAUCUUUGGCUAUUGAAGAGUCUGUUUUGGAGAAAUAUGUCGCAGAGCUGGAGCACGCUGUUUCCGGAUCGACCAAGGACCUCUUAACUAUCAUGGUAUGGUUUGGCCUGACUCAAUCCAUCGAGUACUGGUUCAUGGCCCUGGGUUUCUGGUAUGGUUGUCGGCUCCUCUCCUUUGGCGACAUCACCAUGUACAACUUUUUUGUCGCCUUCCUGGGCGUCUUUUUCUCAGGACAAGCCUCUGCUCAGCUCUUCCAGUUCUCCACGAGCAUGACGAAGGGCCUCAAUGCCGCCAACUACAUGUUCUGGCUCCAAGCACUCGAACCGACCGUUCAGGAGACGCCCGAGAAUCGAGGCAAUGGACCCAAGUCGGGAGGCCCGAUCACCCUUGACAAUAUUCGAUUCUCGUAUCCGCUUCGGCCUCACGCUGCAGUCCUCAGGGGCAUUGAGUUGAACGUCAAGCCUGGUCAAUUUGUUGCCUUGGUUGGAGCCUCUGGCUGUGGCAAAUCGACUAUGAUCGCCAUGCUCGAACGCUUCUACGAUCCCAGCAGCGGCACCAUCAGCAUCGCCUCAACUGCCGUUCCCAAGCUCAGUCCCCGCCUCUACCGUGCUAUUAUUGGUCUCGUCCAGCAAGAGCCGACGCUUUUCCAAGGCAGCAUCCGAGAUAAUAUCGCCCUCGGCAUCGACGAUCCUUCCAUCGCCGGAGAGACAGAAGUCUCUGAUGCUCAGAUUGAGAAGGCUCUCCGUGCCGCCAACGCUUGGGACUUUGUCUCAUCACUGCCUGAAGGCCUUGCCACACCGGCCGGUUCUAAUGGAGCACAACUGUCAGGCGGUCAAAGGCAACGUAUCGCCAUUGCGCGAGCGCUCAUCCGCAACCCAAAGGUUUUACUUCUCGACGAAGCUACUAGUGCUCUCGAUACCGAGAGCGAGAAGAUAGUCCAGGGCGCCCUGGCUGAAGCCGCCAAGGAAGGCGACCGCAUUACCAUUGCAGUCGCCCACCGCCUCAGCACUAUCAAGGAUGCGGAUGUCAUUUGCGUAUUCCAUGGAGGCAAGAUCACUGAGAUGGGGACGCACCAGGAACUGAUUGCCCAAGGCGGCAUGUAUCGCAAGAUGUGUGAGGCCCAAGCCCUUGACGCAUAG